AUGGCCAUCCCAAGAGCUCAGUACGAUCCCCGCCGGGUCUUCCGGUUCAGUCUGCCCAAGUUCGAAGUGGGGCCCAAGACUCGAUCAGCAGGGACAUACCUUUCAGGUGGACUGUUCGCUCUGUCCUUCUUCCUCCUGCUGGACGCUGCGACCCUCUCGAAGCAUGCCAAACCACCAUCAGACGCUCCACAUGAUGUAGUGCCGGUACACAUGUCGUUUGUGGACUGGAUACCUGCUAUCUGCUCUACCAUCGGUUUCCUCGUCGUCUCUAUCCUCGACAAGUCCCACCUCUCCGCCGCCUUCUCAGGGGACGCAUGGGGCUCUUCCGACUCUGCAGCUCGGCGUGCCCGCGUCGUGCUCUUCCUGGGUGUAGCUCUGCUCGCCGGUGGUCUCGCUGGGAGUCUGACUGUGCUCAUUCUGAAAUACAUCAUCCCCGAGUAUAAUGGGUAUCUGUACUAUGGAAUAGCGAAUGUCGGGAUGAACGGGGGAAUCAUGUUAUCAGCUAUGAUAUUGUGGGCGGCACAGAGCGGGAGCGAUGAGUAUGAGUAUCAGUUGACGGUCUGA